UGGCCGCCCCAGCGUCUGGCGACUGUGCAGAGAGAAGUGUCUCAGCAGGCAGGGAUGAGCCAGAGCUCCUGCCCCCCCUGUGCUUCGUACCCUAAAGGAGAAGGCUGCAGCUCAGCUUGGUUGUUAAAAUGUGAGCAAGAGUAGCUUGAUCCUGCGGUAGCGAAGUGCCCCUCUUGGAGUGAACUGCAGAGACUGGCAGUGGGAUGGGGCCAGAGGGGAGUUGUGCCUGAGUGACUGUCACAGGGCUGAGUAGCCAUGGAGGGAGGGAAGGGUGGAGAGUGAGAUCCGCUCUUAGCUCACACACACAGCCCUAUAAAGCUAGGGCUGCUCCGUUGAACGGGCUGCAUUUCUCCAGCUGCUGCAACGUCUCUGCCUCCCCUCUGCCCUUGCCUGAGGGUCUACAAGGAUUAAGGAAAGUAGGGAAAGCCAUUACGUGCAGGAGGAGGUGGAGGGAGGGGGGCAGUCAUUAGCAUUCCUGUGCUGUGCCUGAGCUGGCAGCAUCUCAAGGAGAGAUCCGGGGCCAGCCCAGGAAGGGAGCUGGGACCAGGAAGAGGAGCUGGAGCCCUGUUCCUGACACCCCGUCCCCCAGAACCUCUCAGCCCUGUGUGCCACCAAGCACUUGCCUUCUAGUUUCUGCUCUGCGUCUCUUUCCCUUUCUUUAUCCUGCUCUGAGUGCCUGUUCUCGGCAGCUGCCUGGCUGAUUUGGGGCUCGAGCUGAACUUUGCUUCUGGGUCUGGGGCUCUGCAGCUGCUGCACUUCCCCAGCAAGGCUGGGGAUGGGACUCCGGGAGCUGACUGUCUGGCUGAUCGUGGCUGUGGGGCUCGUACAUGUGUCCCUGCAAGGAGAGUUCCAGAGGAAGCUCUAUAAGGAGUUGCUGAAGAAUUACAAUCCUCUGGAGAGGCCUGUGGCCAAUGAUUCCCAGCCGCUCACUGUCUACUUCACUCUUAGCCUCAUGCAGAUCAUGGAUGUGGAUGAAAAGAAUCAAGUUUUAACAACCAACAUUUGGUUACAAAUGUAUUGGACAGAUUACUAUUUACAAUGGAACAUGUCGGACUACCCCGGAGUGAAGAAUGUUCGUUUUCCUGAUGGUCAGAUUUGGAAGCCAGAUAUUCUUCUGUACAACAGUGCUGAUGAGCGAUUUGAUGCGACAUUUCAUACCAAUGUUUUGGUCAAUUCUUCAGGACACUGCCAAUACCUGCCCCCAGGCAUAUUCAAGAGCUCAUGCUACAUAGAUGUGCGCUGGUUUCCAUUUGAUGUUCAGAAGUGUAAUCUGAAGUUUGGAUCCUGGACCUAUGGUGGAUGGUCCUUGGACUUACAAAUGCAAGAAGCAGAUAUAUCUGGAUACAUUUCAAAUGGAGAGUGGGAUCUAGUAGGAGUUCCUGGGAAGAGGAGUGAGAGUUUUUAUGAAUGUUGUAAAGAACCUUACCCAGAUGUGACAUUCACAGUGACUAUGAGACGUAGGACUCUGUAUUAUGGACUCAAUCUUCUCAUUCCUUGCGUGCUGAUAUCUGCACUUGCCCUAUUAGUUUUUCUGCUUCCGGCUGACUCAGGAGAGAAGAUCUCACUAGGUAUAACAGUUUUAUUGUCUCUUACUGUCUUUAUGCUACUUGUGGCAGAAAUUAUGCCAGCAACAUCAGAUUCUGUGCCAUUAAUAGCUCAGUAUUUUGCCAGCACCAUGAUUAUUGUUGGCCUUUCUGUUGUUGUCACUGUUAUUGUUCUGCAAUAUCACCAUCAUGACCCAGAUGGGGGGAAAAUGCCGAAGUGGACAAGAAUCAUCCUUCUGAACUGGUGUGCCUGGUUCCUGAGGAUGAAGAGACCAGGGGAGGAUAAAGUACGCCCUGCCUGUCAGCAUAAGCAGCGUCGAUGUAGCUUGUCAAGUGUAGAUAUGAACACUGUGAGUGGACAACAAGCCAGUAAUGGGAAUAUGCUCUAUAUUGGGUUCCGGGGGCUGGAAGGGGUCCAUUGCGCUCCGACCACUGAUUCUGGGGUAAUUUGUGGGAGGAUGACCUGUUCACCAACAGAAGAAGAGACUCUCCUGCACAGUGGACACCCCUCUGAAGGUGACCCAGAUUUGGCUAAGAUCUUGGAGGAAGUUCGAUAUAUUGCAAACCGAUUCAGGGACCAGGAUGAGGAGGAAGCCAUUUGCAAUGAAUGGAAGUUUGCAGCCUCCGUGGUAGACCGUCUCUGCUUGAUGGCCUUUUCUGUCUUCACAAUCAUUUGUACAAUCGGCAUUUUAAUGUCGGCACCAAACUUUGUAGAGGCUGUGUCUAAAGAUUUUGCUUAAUUCUGCAAAGUGUCUGUGAUCCUUCAAGGUAUGCUAUGUAGCAUAUAGAUGAGUACAUGGUCUUUUUUUAAAAAAAAACAUGCCAUAUCAUGAAUAUACUCUUACUCAGUGACACAUUUAAAAACAGUAAAAUGUCUAUAGGGCUCACUCCAACCUGUGAGAUGCUGAGGGACCUUAACUCCCACUGAAGUGUGUAAAUAGGACAUUCAGUUUGUAGGGUUGAGUCCACAGUUUGUGAGCUAUUGCUAAAGUAUCUGAUGGACCAAUCGAAGGCCACUGGCAUUAAUGGAAAGAUUUCCAUUCACUGCAAUGAGCUUUGGAUCAGGCCCUUAGCCAAUAAAUGACACAAGCGCUAUAAUGGGGGAACACUCCCACCGGCUUAUGUUGUCAGAAGCAACUAGUGAAUGGGGGUAGGAGGGGGCCCAAGCUGACCCUCCUGAUUUUCAGAGGGUAGGUACUCAGCAAUACAGUAACUCCUCACUUAAAGUCGUCCCAAUUAACAUUGUUUCGUUAUUAGGUUGCUGAUCUAUUAGAGAAAAUACUCAUUUAAAGUUGCGCAACGUUCCGUUAUAAAGUUGUUUGGCUCGUCCCGCUCCACCUGCCUGCCCGGCGCUCCUGCUGGGGAGCGGGGUCAGGGCGUUGGGGCUCGCCCCGCUCCACCUGCCUGCCCGGCGCUCCUGUUGGGGAGCGGGGUCAGGGCGUUGGGGCUCGCCCCGCUCCACCUGCCUGCCCGGCACUCCUGCUGGGGAGCGGGGUCAGGGCGUUGGGGCUCGCCCCGCUCCACCUGCCUGCCCGGCGCUCCUGCUGGGGAGCGGGGUCAGGGCGUUGGGGCUCGCCCCGCUCCACCUGCCUGCCCGGCGCUCCUGCUGGGGAGCGGGGUCAGGGCGUUGGGGCUCGCCCCGCUCCACCUGCCUGCCCGGCGCUCCUGCUGGGGAGCGGGGUCAGGGCGUUGGGGCUUGCCCCAAUCCGCCCACCCGGUGCUCCUGCUGGGGAGCAGGGUUGGGGCAUGGGGGCUUAUCCCACUCCACCUGCCUGGUAUUCUAGGUGGGGAGCGGGCAAGCCCCCAACCCCACUCCCAGGCAGGAGCGCCAGACAGACGGAGUGGGGCAAACCCUUGUGCCUUAUCCCUACUACGCCCCACCUCAACCAAGCUUCACAGUAUCUUUGGUGAAUACAGUAUUAGUUUGUUUAAAAUUAUUUAAAACUUAUACUGUAUAUGUAUAUAAUGUCUUUUGUCUGGCGAAAAAAAUUUCCCUGCAACCUAACCCCUCCCACCCUGUUUACAUUAAUUCUUAUGGGGAAAUUGGAUUCGCUUAACAUAGUUUCGCUUAAAGUAGCAUUUUUCAGGAAGAUAACUACAACGUUAAGCGAGGAGUUACUGUACUGAAAAUCAGGCCCCAGAAAAGUGUGUCAAGUUGGGCUCCUAAAAACUGAGGCUGCCAAAAUGGAUACUACCAACUUUAAUAGGAGCCAGCUCUGAAGCAUAGAUCCUAAUUUUAACAGCACUAAAAGUGGGGGCUGAAUUUUUAAAACACACUUGAAAUGAUUUGUCAAGAAAUUUAAUUUUGGGGCUUAUACCCACUGCCUUCUCCAGCAAAGACAUUCUUUGAACUGCCAAGUUUUGUUGAACCUAUUUUGCUAUAUUGAUGUCUGUCUUUUUUUAAAAGGAAAAUGCAGGAUUCAAGAUCUCUACAUCUUCAUUUGUUAAAGAGAGACUCGUGUCUUUUUACUGAUUGCUUUCCAAUGUGGCAAAAAUAACUCUCUCUAUACAAACUCAAAAAUAAAUGACAAAUCUAAAGCAAAGUGAGCUUUAGUGUUCAAAAUUUAAGUGUUCAAAAUUAAUGUUUUGUCUGAUGCAUGCACAGUCUUUUAGAUAUAGCAUCAUCUUUCUUUGACUUACCAAUCUGUAUUAUGGAAAGAAAACUGGUUAGCUUUUUUGCUCAGUGCAUUGUUUAAUGCUGAAAACUCUUCUUGCUGUGCAUAAGCUGUAAAUAUUCACCAGGAAACUUUAAAUAGGAAUUCCUUUUUAGAAAAUCAUUCUGUGGGCAAAGUUUUAAGUGCACAAAUAAAUAAUUAGGUGCUUAACAUUAACCAUUUGUACCUUUAAAAUUCUCCCCAUGGAAUGUUAAACUUUUCAAGUGAAUGUGGUGCUCAAGGAAGGUGCUGAGCGGACAGUGCUGGAGACUGAAGUCAUGUGUCUACAAAGCAGGUGCUGAAAAGUAUCCCUACUCUGUCCUGUCAAUGUGCCUGAACUAUGAUCUCAGAGGACGGGGCUCUUUUUAGGGAACAGCAGAAGCUAGUUCAGUUCUGAGAUUGCCAAGAAGGCUGCAAAUUGAUGCCAGUUGUGGGAGGUUUUUAUUGAAGUGGAUAUUAGGUUGAGAAUCCAACUAACUUCUCAGACAGCUGUAAGAGCAAUGGGAUAGGAGCCUCUUUUGGUUAUUACUGAUUUUAGCUGGUUUUGAAUUACAAACAGUUGAAAGGCUUUGGGUGAGAGCUUCAUCCCCACUUUGGUCCCUUACUGCCAAAUAAAAAGCCUAGAGUGGUGAAAGGGGGUCCCUAAAAAGUCCUCUAUAUAGCUGGGGGAGUAUUCUUCUGGCAUAGGGGGCAUGCUGGCAGUGGGAGGGAUGUUGAGCCACAAUACACAGCACUGUGGAGAUUCCUGGCACUGCUGCUUCCCAUAGGGCAGGCCAGGGAGGUUGCUGUAAUCUAGACAGGCCUGGGCAUGUUGCACCAGGGUUUGUGCAGCCCAGGAUCAGGAGGCGCCAGGGGAGGCUUAAAGCUGUGUUAGCUCCCCUCCCCUGGUGCUGUGCCUCUUGAAGUGCAGCACAGAAUCCCACCUAUAGUAUCUAGAGCUGAGCAAAUAAUUUACACUGAUUAGUUAAUUUAGUCUCUUUGGUUUUGAUUUGUCCAUGAGGAAAUCAGUUUCUUAGAUGUAUUUAUUCAAAAUUAUUCACUGAAUAAUUCUUGGUUUGUAGAUUGCUCAUCAGCAGUUCACUAUUUAUUAGUCUCUAGGGUGCCACAAGUACUCCUUUUCUUUUUGCGGAUACAGACUAACACAGCUGCUACUCUGAAACCUGAGUUUCAGUGGAGUCACAUGGUAUGAUUCCCUGAUUCUAGGAGUUAUGCUCUGCCAAAUGGCUUUCUUGUGCAAAUACUUGUGUUCAAGUUGAAAACGUCUUUAGAGAGAUUUAUUAAACAAUCGCUUAAAAUGUGCUGAGUCAGCAAAAAUUCCUGCUAGCCAAUUCACCUGUUAGCAUAUUCACAGAAAGUGAGUGCAAGUACAGGAUGAAUCAAAUUCAAUUGUUUAGUUGAGUGAAUAUAAAUGGAAUAUAUUCUUGAGAUUUGCUCACCUGCUUGUAGUUCUCAAAGAUCUCUACCAAUACUUUGAGCUAUCCACUCCCUCGAAAAAAGAUUUCUAAAAAUGUUGGCUUAGAAAUCAUUGUUAUUGUGACCAUCUGGCUGGAUAUGGAUAUAAUUUCUGGUACAAUGUACGAUGGUGGUAGAAAUGUUUUGUCAGACUACACUGCUCCCCAUCAAAUGGAAUUUAGUGUUAAACAAAAUGUUUCGUUUUUACACUCUAAAGUUCAUUGUUGAAGUAGUUGUGUAGCCCAAUGGAAAGUGGAUUACAAUCUGACAUUGAGCUCCUAUGUUACCAUUCUGUGUCUACACUUGGAAAAGUGGGACCUAUAGUUUUCUAUGGGGCAGCUCUGCCAGAGGUAGCAACGGUGGAGGCCAUAGUAUAUCUAAAUCUCAGGUGUUUUACCACUGAUAUUUCACACUAUUAAGCAUUGGGCUUGACAACUUGGUGGUAAGACACCAGCCUCAUGUCUACACUACAGCCUCCAUCACUGCCAACACAGAAAUGCACCAAUGAUAAAUUAUGAGUCCUAAUUUUCUUAGAGUGGAGACAGCCUGUUAGACAAAUAGCAAGAUGACAGUUGCCAGCAAUUACAACAGUGAAUUUUUAUUUUGUUACGUGAAGAUACUGCUUAAAGUUGUAAAUUUUCAGACCGCUGGCCUGAGCAAAAUAGGUAAAAUUUUCUUUCCAAACUGUAGGUAUUAUAUGUAUAUGUGCUAAAAGAUAAUCUGAUCUAAAUGCUGGGGGAAGUACACUUAAAACCCUAUGCAUCAAGUUGGGAAUUAAAUACUAUAUACUCUAUGUGUACAUAAUAUAUAGAAGAUACAUGUUGAUAGUGAUCUGUUAUGAUCUUACACUGUGGUGAGUGAGUUCUCUCAAGUGACUUGUCUGGCAAACACACUAAAAAGCUCACUCUAGAGCGUUGGUAUCAUGUACAAUAUUAUUGGACAAUAGACAUUACUUUGUCUGUUUUUAUAUUGAAUAUGAAGCUUUUUAAUAUUUAAAAAAUAAAUUGUCAUUAUGCCAAAAAUCAAUUCCAACCAUAAAUUAAAAAGUUAAUAGUUUUAAAGAUAGAUAAAAUAUUUAAACAAUAUUUAAAAUAGUAAAUUAUUUUAUAUGGGAUUUAACAAUAUUGUGUAAAAGUUUUUUUUUAAAAGGAUUCUUGAAAUUUAUGUUAACUAUAGCUGUGGGGUUUAAUCUCAGAUCACUUGUGACUGCUCCACUUUUUACUUUGUAUUGAAAAAAAAAAAAAGUAAACCAAAGCCCUGAGUUAGUUUCCUUUUGCUACAUUAUUUUGAAUAAGAAACAAAGGACAGCUUGCAUUAGAAAGAGAUGAUACAUCCAUUAAAUAUUGUUUGUUAUACAAGUAAUGCGACACCUUUUUGGUCCAGUACAAAUAAAUAUUUUAGAUCAAAAGUU